CAUCUGGCAACGUAUCGUUCCUCACGGGCUUCCUUACGCAACAUACACUAGAAGGUCAAAGAUGGCAGUCUGUACUAAAUGGCUCGAUAAAUGUGUCUUUUCAGCUAGAUUGUUAGGAAAAGUACAACUCCGACAUGAACGGUUCUUGUCCACGUCCAGUUGUAGUCUGGCCGACGUAGAUGCCAGCAAGCAACCGCCGAAAUUUACCCCUCCGGCGAAGCCUGUCAUUAUAGACAGAACACAGACAGCGGCUGCUUUACGGAAGUUCCUGAGCCCAGAGUUUAUCCCGCCUCGCCAAAGGACAAACCCGCUGAAGUUUUACAUGGAGAGGAAAGACAUGGUCCGCAGGAGGAGCAUAAUUGACCUUCCGGAAUUCUACGUGGGCAGCAUUCUUGCCGUGACCAUGUCUGACCCCAAUGCCAGUGGUAAAACAAACCACUUUGUUGGCCUAUGCAUCCAAAGAGGGGGGAAAGGUCUUGGAGCUACAUUUGUCCUGAGGAACAUCAUCAAUAACCAAGGUGUGGAGUACUGCUAUGAGCUGUACAACCCACGCAUUCAGGAGAUCCAGGUGUUGAAGCUGGAGAAGCGGCUGGAUGACAACCUGAUGUACCUGAGGGACGCCCUUCCCGUUUACAGCACAGUGGAUCCGAACAUGAAGCCGAUUCCCUUUUCCCCGGCUGGAGAAGUACCUGUUAACACGAAUAAAGUUAAAAUGCGACCAAGACCAUGGUCCAAACACUGGGAGCACCCGAAGUACAAAAUCCAGGGCAUAGCCUUCGAUAAGUGCAUCUCCCCAGCGAAGAUGGAGGAAGCUCAGAAAUGGGCAAGGCCUUGGCAGGAGUACGACAUGUUGAAGGAGUACGACACCUCCAAGCUGGAGAAGGACAUUUACAGUGAGAUCCAGGAGGAGAUGACUAAGUUGAAAGCAGACUAAGAUGCCAAAAUCAGUCUCCUUGAGAUACAUGACUUCAUGAACAUGUCCGGACUAUGGUCAGUUUUUCAAUUUUCAACCAAUAAAUGCCGCUUCACAGUCUA